AUCAUACUGUACAACGACUUGAUCGACAAAAGCCCAAUCAUGUAUGAUGCAACCGCAAGACAUGGAAAUGCGAAUCAGGCUUCCAAAAAUCGACGAGUCCUCCAACGUCAACUUUCUGAUAAAGCUCUAGCAGAUAUACCAACAGACUUGCUUCCCAAUCGUUACAAUCCUGCUGGUCAGGAGAAUGCACAUCCAACAAAAUCAUCCAAAAAACCAACGCAGCUGGCGGUUGGCCUAAAGGGUUCUAUAAAGCCAACCGUUCCUGUACUAGGGAACGCUAACAACAAUGGCAUCAAGAAGAAGCUUCAACCUACAAAACCUCCCGAAUCUCAAAAAGCAGCCACCAGUGAAUCAAAGUACAUUGUACCUGAAAACAUAUACGACAGGCGAUCAGGCGAGACGUACAAAAAACUGCGAUAUCUAGGAGAAGGUGGUUUCGCGAUUUGCUAUGAAGUGGAGAAUUCACGACAGCAGAGAUACGCACUCAAAGUUGUGUCCAAAACCACUCUACGAGAACCAAAAAUCAAAACAAAGUUCCUCGCAGAAAUCAAUAUCCAUAGAUCCCUAAAACAUCCAGGCAUUGUCAGGUUCUAUAGCUGCUUUGAAGAUACACAUAAUGCUUAUUUAGUACUUGAGGUCUGCGAGAAUCACACGUUAGCGAGAAUGCUCAAACAGCGUCAACGACUUUCAGAACCAGAAACACGAUAUUAUCUCAUUCAAUUACUCGACAUUUGCCGAUUUAUGCACGACAACAAAGUGAUUCAUCGAGAUAUCAAAGCUAACAACAUUCUUCUGGACUACAAAAUGGAUGCAAAACUUGUAGAUUUCGGUUUAGCUGCACUGUUAGUGAGUGCUGAGGAGAGAAAACGAACCAUUUGUGGAACUCCUAAUUACAUGGCUCCUGAGAUUCUUUAUGGAAGAAACGGCCACAACCAGCAAGUAGACAUUUGGUCUUUGGGUAUUCUUUGCUACACCAUGCUUGUCGGAACUCCUCCCUUUCAUGAAUCGUCACACGACGCUAUCUACCAAAAAAUUAGAAACAAUCAAAUCAUGCAAGCUUAUACCUUUCCUGAUAAUAUAAAAUUAUCAGAUAAUGCCAAAGACGUUAUCACCUCCUUACUAGUAAAUGACCCAGAAAAAAGGCCCACCAUUAAGCAGCUACUUGAAUUUCCGUUCUUUCGACAAGACUUUCUACCUGCUGCAAUACCAGUUUGCGCUUUGCAAAGAGCACCGACUGAGCUAGACUAUUCUCGAAACCAAGCUGCUUCGAAUUUUUUAGCGUCACCAGAUAAUGCUGCAGCUGCACUGGAACGAGCAAAACAGCAAAGUGACAUCUAUGCUCACAAAUCGCAAACGCCACUUGAAAACUUGGAAUUACUCUCAGAGCGCUUACCGGACCCUCGAGAAAUGAUGAAAUCAAAGCAGCCAUCCAGAAGUAGCUGGAACAUUUCAGGUGUUCCUGGUGCCAUUUUGGAUGACACAGAACGACAUACAAAGAGACCGAGGACACAGUAUCUGGAUACAUUUGGUGUCGCCCAGGGCAAUGUAGCAUCCAAAGUGCAGUCGUUCGAAAGUCAAAGUGACGAACACGCCAGUCCUAACCAGUCUAGAAAGCUUGUUUCACCAGUUCAGAACAAAUCAUCACUAGAGGAAUCGCCAUCAGGGCAUCCAUUACUCAAACCAUCUGUAUCAGCCAAAGUAACGCCAAAGGGUCAAACUCGCGUAUCGAAACCCAAAAGACAGGAAACCGAUAGUAUUUUAUCCCGUUUACGUCAAAUGACUCCUCCUCCAGCACAACAAUCCCCAAAGUACAAUUCCAAUACUUCUGGUGAAAGGGUAGCACUAGAUGAUACAUUAGGAAUGGUGGAUUUGCUUGAAAAUGAUGCGGAACAUAACAUUCAAUGCAUUUAUGAAGCGCUUGAUAGCUUGCUGUCGUCAAAGCAGCUGAUCAGAUCCACCUCACGCAGCCGAAAGAAGGUGGACGAAGAGAAAAUUCUGUCAACCGUCGUUUUUAUAGAUCGUUGGGUCGACUUUACCGCAAAGUAUGGGCUUGGGUAUUGUCUUAGCGAUGGGUCAAAUGGCAUAUACUUCAAUGAUGCUACCACUUUAGUCAGCAAAUCAAAUUCAAAAUCCGUAGCUUACAUUGUACAUUCUCAAGAGACCGAACCUAAACCGGAAGAAUUUUCAACGGAUCAUUAUCCAGAUCACCUUCGAAAAAAAAUGAACCUUCUUCCAUAUUUCCAAAAUUACAUGCAUGACAAGUUAGCUUCGAUUGCCAAUGACUUACCAACGAGUCUGAAGCGCGCCUCACGACAGUCCACUUUUCUUGAAAGUUAUAUGGAAACUGAACGUGCUUUGGUUUUCAGAUUAAGCAACAAUGUUAUUCAAAUCAACUUCUUGGAUCAUACUAAGCUUAUUUUGUUUGAUAACGCGGCGUCACUAAUAUAUGUCAAUGCAGCCAGAAAAUGGAGCGUUCAUUCUCUGGUUAUGAGAGACCUGGAUGAAGACAUUAUCUCUAGACUAGAGUUUGCAAGAGAAGCUUUACAACCGGAAAACCGGGCAUCUCUGAUUAACCAGAACUGUUAAUUCUCAAGCACUUGCUUUUCACGUCCAUAACAGUCCAUUCAUUGUAUCCUGCUCCGUCUAUUCGCCUUUGUACAUUUUCCUGAGCUCGUCGCAAAGCUAAAAAUUGCUCUGAUUUUUCUAAAUACACCUAUCUUGUUUAUAUUCUACUAUCU